AUGUCGGAUAUGAAGGCACAAGAGGAGGUGCAUGGCAUAUCCUCUGCCACCGAUUAUGAGCCUCGAGUUCUCGCUGGCUUUGGUGAAACUACUAAACGAGAGGGUGCGAAGACCAAAGAAGUCCACAAUGCCGAUCUGUUUGCUGCUAUUGAGGAAACACAAAUUGAAAGAUGGAGCAAAAACUCUAUCCAUUUGUAUUUCUGUAUCUUCGUCGCUUUUUGUUGUGCCUGUGCCAACGGUUAUGAUGGAUCACUGAUGGGAUCUAUUCUUGCUAUGGAUCACUACCAGAACGUCUUCAAAACAGGAAUGGACGGGCCCCAGGUCUCCCUUGUCACUUCGUUAUACACUGUCGGUUCUAUCGUCGCCACCCCGUUCAGCGCUGUCAUUUCCGACAAGCUCGGCCGUCGCAAGUGUAUGUUCGUUGGAGGAUGGGUUAUUAUCAUUGGUUCCAUUAUAAUUGCUACUGGAAUGACCCUGCCUCAAUUUGUUGUCGGUCGAUUCGUCCUUGGUUUUGGAAUCCAGAUCAUGGUCGUCUCUGCCCCAGCCUAUGCCGUCGAAAUCGCCCCGCCUCACUGGCGUGGUCGUGCAAGAUGGGGAUUGACGAAACUUUUAGGUUUCUACAAUUGCGGUUGGUUCGGAGGUUCCAUCCCAGCCGCUGCGAUCACAUACGGUUGCAAUUACAUUGGUAACAACUACCAAUGGCGAAUUCCGUUCAUCUGCCAGUGUUUUGCCUGUGUCAUUGUCAUUAUCUCCGUCUGGUUCAUCCCAGAGUCACCUCGUUGGCUCAUGGCCCAAGGCCGCCACGAAGAGGCUGUUGCGUUUUUGGUCAAGUACCAUGGCAACGGUGACCCCAACGCACGAUUGGUCCGUCUUGAGGUUGAAGAGAUGAAGGAAGGUAUCCGCAUCGAUGGCAUUGAUAAGAGGUGGUGGGAUUACCGACCCUUUGUCACCACACACAGUGGUCGCUGGCGUUUUGCCCAAGUUAUCAUGAUUUCUAUCUUUGGACAAUGGUCGGGCAACGGACUCGGCUACUUUAACGCAACGAUCUAUAAGGUUAUUGGUUAUGAGAGUAGCUCUACACAGCUUUUGCUCAACCUGGUCAACUCCAUUGUCUCUGCCAUCGGGGCUCUUUCCGCUGUAUACCUGACGGACAGAAUGCGCCGUCGUCCUGUUCUCAUCUUCGGUACAAUGGCCUGUGCUGUCACCCUGGCAAUCAAUGCCGGUAUUCUCCAAGAGGUUGCCAAUACAGGACAAAUUAACAAAACCAAGGGCCAGGCUGCUCUUUCAUUCUACUACCUCUUCAACGUCGUGUUUGCGUUCACAUACACCCCCCUUCAGGGUGUCAUUCCCGCCGAGGCUCUUGAAACCACCACUCGUGCCAAGGGAUUGGCACUUUCGGGUUUCAUGGUCAGCAGCAUCAGCUUUAUCAGUCAGUUUGCGACCCCGAUCGGUUUGAAGAACAUUUCCACCAACUAUUUCUGGAUCUUCGUCGGCUGGGACGUUCUUGAAUCAAUCUUCUGGUACUUCUUCUGUGUCGAAUCUCAGGGUCGUACUCUGGAAGAACUGGAGUGGGUAUACCAACAACCCAACCCCGUCAAGGCAUCCCAAAACGUAGACAAGAUUGUUGUCCAGAGCGACGGAACUGUCACGGAAAAGAUCGAAGCGGAUGCUUGA